UAAAGCAUUAAUUUAAGCCAAGACAUGAAGACAUUAGAAAAGACAUCCAAUGGGUGCUCCCAAACACAAUUUUCCAAAAUUCUGUCCCGCAUUCCUUCUCAUGUUUGGGUAUAUAAUAUAUAUAGUAGACAGCUCACGAAUCGAUAUAUAUAUAUAUAUAUAUACAGCUCACUGGAAGAACGGUGAGUUGAGUUGUGUUCAUCGGACAAAGUUGAUUGAAAACUAGAGGGAAAAAGGAAGGAAGUCACCGAUGGCAGGGGCAUCUGAAGCUGCUCCCCAUCCUUACGUUCCCACCGAUCUCAAACUCCCUGACUAUGUUCCUAUUUCACUUCCUCUCUCUACUAUUCUCGGCGGCUACCUCCUGUCUUCUCUCUUCCUCGUUCUCCUUCUUUGGACGCUUUCCGGACGACUUACCAAAAAGACAAAGAUUGAUAGGUUGCUGAUGUGCUGGUGGAUAUUUACUGGCCUUACCCACAUGGUUCUCGAGGGUUACUUUGUUUUUUCUCCAGAAUUUUACAAGGACAAGACUUCUUUCUACCUUGCCGAAGUUUGGAAAGAAUACAGCAAGGGAGAUUCUCGAUACGCAGCUAGGGAGUCUGGAAUUGUCGGUAUUGAAGGACUGACUUCUGUUUUAGAGGGUCCAGCUUGCAUCUUAGCAGCGUACGCGAUAGCAUCGGGAAAGUCGUACAGUUACAUACUACAGUUCGCCAUAUCAUUGGGUCAGCUCUACGGGACAUUGUUGUACUACAUAACAGCUGUGUUAGAUGGUGAUGAUUUUUCUUCAGGUCCAAUUUAUUACUAUUCAUACUACGUAGUGGCAAACUCAUUCUGGCUUCUUAUCCCCUCGCUUAUUGCUAUACGGUGUUGGAAGAAAAUUUGCAAUGCAAUGAGCAUUGAAAGCCAAAUGAAAACCAAAAGCCUCUAAGUUAUCAAUCAUGUACUACACAAAAUUCUUGUUGUAUUAUUGUAUGCCAUUUAGUAAACUAGACAUUGCUGGAAUUUUAACGUUUACUUGAAAAAUUGGGUAUGUUUUUCUUCA